GUCUGGCAUGUAAACUGUAGCUCACAAAUGUAAACUGGUUUUCUUACAAAUUUACGUUACUUGUUGGAUGGUGAGUUCACAGUAUUACAGCGUAUAAUUACGUUUGUGGAGAAAUACUUUUAAAACCAUCUUGGGAUUCUGUAGUGCUAGAAUCAUGGCCACAUUUCGAAAGAAGGUGGAUAACCGGAUCCGUGUGCAGAUAGAGAAUGGAGUGUCUCUGCAGCACCGUACCAUGUUUGUGGUGGUUGGGGAUCAUGGAAAAGACCAGGUUGUCAUCUUGCAUCACAUGUUGUCCAAAGCUUCAGUCAGAGCCAGACCAUCUGUUCUCUGGUGCUACAAAAAAGAGCUGGGAUUUAGCAGCAACCGUAAGAAGCGCAUGAGGCAGCUGCAGAAGAAGAUCAAAACCGGAACUUUGAACCUGAAGCAGGAUGACCCGUUUGAGCUCUUCAUUGCUGCGACCAACAUCCGCUACUGUUAUUACAACGAGACACACAAGAUCCUGGGUAACACAUAUGGCAUGUGCGUCCUUCAGGACUUUGAAGCUCUCACUCCCAAUCUUCUGGCCAGAACCAUUGAGACAGUAGAAGGAGGGGGCAUAGUGGUCAUCCUGCUCAGGACUAUGAACUCCCUCAAGCAGCUGUACACAAUGACAAUGGAUGUCCAUUCUCGGUACAGAACCGAGGCCCAUCAAGAUGUGGUGGGAAGAUUCAAUGAAAGGUUCAUCUUAUCUCUUUCAUCCUGCAAAACCUGCGUCGUCAUUGAUGACCAGCUCAACGUCCUUCCCGUCUCCAGCCACAUUGCCAAUAUCAAGCCUGUCCCUCCCAAGACUCAGGAGGACAGCCUGUCUCCACGGGAACAGGAGUUGAAGGAGUUGAAAGAGUCUCUGCAUGACACGCAGCCUGUUGGUGUGCUUGUGGACAGCUGCAAGACAAUGGACCAGGCCAAGGGGGUGCUGAAGUUCAUCGAGGCCAUCUCAGAGAAGACCCUGAGGAGCACCGUGGCCCUGACAGCUGCCCGUGGAAGGGGCAAGUCUGCUGCACUGGGAUUGGCUGUGGCGGGAGCAGUGGCUUUUGGGUACUCCAACAUCUUUAUAACCUCACCCAGCCCAGACAACCUGCACACCCUGUUCGAAUUCAUCUUCAAAGGUUUUGAUGGCCUACAGUACCAGGAGCACCUGGAUUAUGAGAUCAUCCAGUCUUUGAACCCAGAAUUCAACAAAGCAGUGGUACGCGUCAACAUCUUCAAAGAACAUCGGCAGACCAUACAGUACAUCCACCCUGCUGACGCGGUGAAGCUGGGGCAGGCAGAGCUGCUGGUCAUAGACGAGGCUGCCGCCAUCCCCCUCCCCCUGGUCAAGAAGCUGCUGGGACCUUACCUCGUCUUCAUGGCCUCCACCAUCAAUGGGUACGAGGGCACAGGUUGUUCCCUUUCCCUGAAGCUGAUUCAGCAGCUGAGGCAGCAGAGCUCAGACAGCCAGCAGAGUCUGUCAGCUGAGAACAGGAACACCAACACAACCAGGCUGGCAGCAGCCCGCUCCCUUCACGAGGUGUCUCUGCACGAGUCCAUUCGGUACGCCCCGGGAGACCCCGUAGAGAAGUGGCUGAAUGAGAUCCUGUGUCUGGACUGCAUGAACAUCCCCAGGGUUCUCUCUGGCUGUCCCCUGCCUCAGACAUGUGACCUAUACUACGUAAACAGAGACACUCUCUUCUGCUACCACAAAGCGUCGGAGGCCUUCCUGCAGAGACUCAUGGCCCUCUAUGUGGCAUCGCACUAUAAGAACACCCCCAAUGACCUGCAGCUGCUGUCUGACGCCCCGGCGCACCACCUCUUCUGCCUGCUGCCUCCUGUCCCCCCCACACAGAACUCUCUACCAGAGGUCCUGGCAGUGGUGCAGGUGUGUCUGGAGGGAGAGAUCUCUCGCCAGUCCAUCCUCAACAGCCUGUCCAGAGGGAAGAAGGCCUCGGGCGACCUCAUCCCCUGGACUGUGUCUGAGCAGUUCCAAGAUCCAGAGUUUGGCAGUCUCUCCGGAGGCAGGGUGGUCCGCAUCGCUGUCAACCCAGACUAUCAAGGGAUGGGUUAUGGCACCAGGGCCCUGCAGCAGUUGCAGCUGUACUAUGAGGGCCGGUUCCCCUUCAUGGAUGAGAACUCCCAGACUGCUACCAGUGAGAUCACCUCAGUCAGCAGUGAGGCUGUCAGUCUCCUGGCCGAGGUGCUGUCCCCCAGGAAGGACCUCCCGCCUCUCCUGCUGAAGCUGACUGAGAGGAGGGCAGAGAGGCUGGACUACCUGGGGGUCUCCUACGGCCUCACCUCCCAGCUGCUCAGGUUCUGGAAGAAAGCUGGCUUCAUCCCAGUGUAUUUACGCCAGACUCCUAAUGACCUGACGGGGGAGCACUCAUGUGUGAUGCUGAAGGAGCUGAACACAGAGGAGGCUCCUGACCAGGGCCAGUGGCUGGCUGCGUUCUGGAAGGACUUCCGCAGGCGCUUCCUGGCCCUGCUGUCGUUCCAGUUCAGCAGCUUCAGCCCCAGCAUGGCCCUCAACAUCCUCCAGAACAAGAAUGCCAAGCAGGACCCCCCUUAUACGCUCAGCAGCUCCGAGCUGGCCGCCCAGUUCAGCCCCUACGACCUGAAGCGUUUGGAGAUGUACUCCAGGAACAUGGUGGACUACCAUCUCAUCAUGGACCUGAUCCCGGCCGUGGCCCGUGUGUUCUUCCUCAAGCAGCUGGGAGACGUGUCCUUCUCAGCGGCGCAGUGUGCGUUGUUGUUGGGAGUGGGGCUGCAGCACAAGUCUGUGGACACUCUAGAAGGGGAGAUCAACCUUCCCAGCAGCCAGCUCAUGGGCCUCUUCAACCGCCUCAUUCGCAAAGUGGUUCAGUUCCUCAACAGAAUCCAGGAGAAGGCCGUUGAGGCAGAGAUGGUCACUUCCAAAGAAAUUGAAAUGGAGCCGACAGUGCGGUCACUAAAUGAGGAUCUGAAUGAGGCGGCCAAGGAGUUUGACGAGAAGCACAAACAGGAUAUGGAGAAGGUCAAGGAGAUGGACCUGGCACAGUACACGAUCCGUGGAGACGACGAGGAAUGGGACCAGGUGUUGCAGAAAGCAGGGAGCCCGACCAUCAUCAGCAUCAAAACUGACAAGAAGAGGAAGCUGGAUGGAGGCAACAAGGGGGCCAGCCAGGGAGACUCACCGCACGGGAAACUGAAGAGGAGGAGCAAAGACAAAGACAAGAAAGGCAAAUUUGGGAAGAGGGCGUGAGGUUGGAACAAACAAUCCUGUAACCGAGGACUGGACAGUGGGCCGAGGACCUGCAGCCCUCUCUGUGGUGUCUGGGUUUGAGAAGGAGAGAAUGGACUUGCUUAUGUUCCAGUGGAUGAGAAGCUUCAGAGUGGACAUAUUUUGCAAAAAAUAUUUUUCUUUUUUAUGAACGACAUUGUAUUCUGUAACACAUUUGUUCCGCUGAAUGGA